CAUGCGUCGGAGUGGUGCCGUCGUUCUGGCGCGUGUCCGCACGGUCAGAGAGGCCUAAGUGGACCGUCUCUCCGGACUAAUCGGGCUCUUCGCGCCGCUAGCGUUUACCGGCUGCAGCGGUUAUGGGGAAGCUGAACGUGGUGAUGCUUCGGUACCUCUCCAAGGAGCAUUUCAGGGUCCUGACAGCGGUGGAAAUGGGCAUGAAGAACCAUGAAAUAGUUCCUGCUAGCUUAAUUGCUUCCAUUUCCAGUCUUAAACAUGGUGGCUGUAAUAAAAUCUUGAGAGAGUUGGUAAAACACAAACUUCUAGCUUAUGAACAAACCAAAACUGUCCAGGGUUAUCGGUUAACUAAUGCAGGAUAUGAUUACCUUGCUUUGAAAACUCUGUCUUCCCGACAAAUCAUAAAUUCUGUUGGAAACCAGAUGGGUGUUGGAAAAGAAUCAGAUAUUUAUAUUGUUGCAAAUGAAGAGGAUCAAAAGUUUGCAUUGAAAUUACAUAGGCUUGGAAGAACUUCCUUUCGCAGUCUGAAAAAUAAACGUGACUACCACAAGCAUAGGCAUAAAAUGUCGUGGCUCUAUUUAUCCCAUCUAGCAGCAAUGAAGGAGUUUGCCUAUAUGAAGGCUUUGCAUGACCAAAACUUUCCUGUUCCAAAACCUGUAGACUACAACAGGCAUGCAGUUGUUAUGGAACUUAUUGAUGGCUAUCCUUUGUGCCAGGUGCGCCAGAUGGAAGAUCCUGCCUCUCUCUACAGUGAAUUAAUGGAUCUGAUUGUUAAACUUGCAAAUCAUGGUUUGAUUCACGGUGAUUUCAAUGAAUUUAAUCUCAUACUGAAUAAUGAUGACCAUGUCACUAUGAUUGAUUUCCCUCAGAUGAUAUCAACAUCACAUGCCAAUGCUGAAUGGUAUUUUGACAGAGAUGUUAACUGUAUUAAAGAGUUUUUUAAGAAACGCUUCAACUAUGAGAGUGAGCUCUUCCCAGCAUUCAAAGACAUCAGAAGAGAGUGUUCUCUUGAUAGAGAGGUUGCUGCCAGCGGCUGUACAAAGGAAAUUCAGGAAGAUGGUGAACUGGUUUACCCACCAGAUUCUGAUGAGGAUGAUAAUAAAACAGAGUCAUCAGAAGUUGUAGAAGAUGCUGAGAAUAAGCUCAAGUUCUUCAACAAAGAUAAAGAAAACAACGCAGACUUCAUGUAUGAAGUGGGUGAUCUCUCUGAAAGCAGAACCUGUAACAACUUUAUAUGCAGCGAUGAAGAGGCUGAUAAAACUGAAAGUAGUGGAGACUCAUUGAAUAUGUUAAACUUGAGUUCAGCCUUAGAAGAAGUUGAAGGGAAAGCUAUGCUUUGGAAGCCCGGUGAAGAUGCAGAGAGUUCUGCGAUUGUUUUUUUUAAGGGCAAAAGCAUAACCAAAAAUGCCACUGAAGUUAAAAAUCAGAGAGGUCAAGGAGGGUGCUGUAAUGAUAAGGACAAUGAAGACAAAUGCCCUAAUCUGUUUGACGUGUCAACUUUAAAUAAGAAAUUCAGGCAUUACAGAAAUGAAGAGAGUAUCGUUCAUACUGCUGAACACAAAACAAGUAUGACAUCAGUCCAAAGUGUUGGGAGCUGUUCAACCAUUCCAGUGGAACUGGUGAAACAGAAAAUAAAACGUCAACUGACCAAACAUCAGAAGUCCACUCUGAGGCAACAGCUACAAAAAGGAGAGGCAAAUAUUUAUACCAAACAACGCAGAGAAAAUAUGCACAACAUUAAGUCAAGCUUGGAUGCAGCUAGUUUUUGGGGGUAAUUUAUUAAAGGUUCCACAGAACAUGAGAAAACUUGUAAUGUGUACAGUUGAAAGAAUUAUGCUAAUAACAAAUAAUCCUUUUAUAUAGUGGAAUAUAAAUCUUUUGGUGUUUGUAGGCUCUUACCUGUUAAGAGACGGUUUCAGUGACAGCUUAACAAGAUUUGAGUUACUGUUUUAGGCUAAGAUGUGCAUGCACUUUUGCACUUCUAAUUUAGGGCUUUUCACAGUAAACGGGUUCUUUUUGGUGUGUGACCUUAAGUCUGUUUUGCUAAUCAGUUCCAAAAUUAUACAAAGGUUGUCCAUUUGAUUCAGCAUCAUGAGAAAAGACAGGAUGAUGGAAAUCUUUGCUGUUUAUUUUCAAAAUAGUCCUGUAAAACAUCCAUUAACUCUUUUAAAGAUAUUCUAAUGAAUGACUGUAAGUUAUCAUUUUUAUUUACUCUGGCAGACAAGACUCUUCUGAGACUGGAGUAAGCAAGUGAGGAACUACUUUUCAAAGUUACAGCUUAAUAUAUCUUCAUUAAGCCUAUUUUCUCCAAAGCAGCAGAAUUCCUGAUGUAUUUAAAGUUGAUAAAGGUCACAAUGACAUUUACAUGUGGAGUCAACUUCAGAGUACUCACUCCACUUGAAUGUCCACAUGUGAAAUAAAGUAUUUAGAAUUGAUUUAGGAAAAUGCAGAGAUUAGGACAGUGGUGUCAUUGACUAUCUUAAAUUCAUGUGUUCAUCAGGAAGGAAUUUGUUGGUUACAACAAAAUUGGUUUAUAAGGUGUUAUUUUAAUAAGUACGCAUAAUGUAGUGUUCAUUAAUCUGUCACCAAACAAAAUUUGAAAAUUAGCAAGGACGAGACAAACAUUGUGCUACACAAACUCAAUAUAUGCAAAAGUACGUGUUAAAUCUUUUAAGUGAUGUACAAGGUUGUGCAGCAGUUUUCCACUGCUGAAUCCUAAAAACCUAACUUUUUUUUUUUUAAAGAUUUUUACAGUAACUAAAGAACACAUCUGUACUUUGGGAUUUUUUUCCAGGUUAGGAAGAUUUACAGAACUGAUAUAAAAUUAUUCUGUACCAGCAAAGUAACUCUAGUUGAUGUAGUUUAUGGUGGCUACAAGCCUCCUUUCUGAAGGAAAAAGUAUGUUACACCUGUAUAAUAGCAGUGUAUUUGCCUCUGUACUUCAAGCUUUGUCAG